AUGAAAUACACAUCUGCUAUACCAUUUCUUUUGGCAACACUCUUUGCUACUACAACUUUAAGUAAAGAUACUCAAGGACUUAUGCCGGACAACGAUCUUGGUCCCGCGAUGCCUCCCAAAUCCGAACCGUCUUCGGAUCCUAUUGGUGGGGGUGAUACAAUUGUUCUAUCAGAUGUCCUCGGCAGAGACCGAAGUAUCAAUAUAUUUGCAGGAUUUACAAGAGACAUAGCACCCUUAAGCCAGCGGUUCGCAGAUAGCGGUCAAAAUACCACUAUUCUUGCGCCUGUCAAUUCUGCAAUAAUGGGUCUGCCUCGAAAGCCAUGGGAAGACCCAGAAGACUAUGACAAGCUUGGGGCCAAUGCAUAUGAGGGCGAACAUGGAGAAGAGAGGGCCCAUAAGAACCUGCGAAGAUUUGUGGAAGCUCAUAUCGUUCCUGCGAGUCCAUGGGAGGAAGGUGAGAAGGUCAAGACUUUGGUUGGAGAUGAAGUCUGGUGGGAGAAUAAGGAUGGUGUGAAACGAUUGCAACCCGGGAAUAUUGAGGUUUCUAGCAGGGCGGAUGAUGUUUACAAUGGGCAAGUUUGGAUAUUGAAGGGUCUUAUCGGUCAAAUCGACAAUCAAAUCAACCAACCAAAGUCGAACGUUAUGAAUAAUCAGCCACACAACGGCCCUCCAGGUUUCGAUCGAGAUCGAGAAAUGGAAGAACAACACCGCCAACGUGCUUUACAGCAACAACAGGAAGAAAUGGAAGAAAUGGUGACGCAGCGUGAGCGCGAGCGCGAUCUUGAGAGGCAAGAAAGGGAUCGACAACACCGAGAACAAUAUCAGCCAGCACCUCCACACCAGAGCAAUACGGGCAGUAUUCCCCUACACCAGCCUGUAGCCAACCGAACAACUACAGCGAUGCACAGCCCCGGAGGUAUUCUUGCUACUCAUGGUACCCCACUAGGAGCUCCGAGUGGACCUGGCAAUGCCUUUGGAGGCCCGCUUCACAAUGACGCAGCACGCAACCUGCAACACCAUGCUCAAAAUGCCGCUCAACAACCGCAGCAGCAGCAUAUGUUCAACUCCGAGCCCAUAUUCAGCCGCAGUUCGGGUGCUCCUCAGUCAAAUGUGCCGCUUGGGGUUCCAGGCGUUCCAGAUGUUGGCUUCGGCCGGCCACAGCUAGUGCCACGGGAGACAACGCAGCAGGAAGUAGCAGCCGCAAGACUGAUGCCGUUUGGAGGACCUAUCACUCCUGGUCACCAAAUGCCUGGCACUGCUGGUCUAACACAAGGUGGCCAACAGCCAAUUCUCAAUGAUGCUCUUAGUUAUCUCGACCAGGUUAAAGUUCAGUUCGCAGAUCAACCCGACGUCUACAACCGGUUUCUCGAUAUCAUGAAAGACUUCAAGAGUCAAGCAAUCGACACUCCGGGUGUUAUUAAUCGAGUUUCCGAGCUUUUUGCAGGCCAUCCAAAUUUAAUUCAAGGCUUCAACACGUUUCUCCCGCCUGGCUACAGAAUCGAGUGCGGUGCCGACAAUAAUCCAAACACAAUUAGAGUUACAACGCCGAUGGGAACAACUGUUCAAUCAAUUCCUGGAGCUGGACGUGCACUUGGCGAGACCGUAGUUAGCCACGGCGGCGGCGCAAACGGUUUUUACAAUCCUCAACGCCCAGGAAAUUGGCAGCAACAACCUCAGCAUAGCAUCGAAAGUCCAGAAGCGGUGUUUAGUCCACCCCACCAGAGCGUUGCGGUUCCUUAUGGUCAUAAUCAAGCACCAAUUGGAUCAUACGACGCACAAGCAGCAGCAGCCGCCGCAGCCCAUCAACAACAACAACGAGGUGUCUCUCAAUUGACUAACGCUGUGAGCGCGACCUUGGGUCAACCACCAAGAAGUACUCAAACACCAACACCUGGCGGAGGUUCUGGUAGUAUGAACGGCUCUGGCGCGCAACCUGGCAUGGAAAAGCGCGGUCCAGUAGAGUUCAACCAUGCGAUAAGCUACGUCAAUAAAAUCAAGAACCGUUUCCAAGACAAACCCGAAAUUUAUAAACAAUUUCUCGAGAUUCUUCAGACAUACCAACGCGAAUCCAAACCCAUUCAAGACGUUUAUAGUCAAGUAACUACUUUGUUUGGCACAGCGCCCGACCUCCUUGAAGAUUUUAAACAAUUUCUACCUGAAUCAGCCGCACACGCAAAAGCUGCUGCUAAGGCGGCGGAAGAAGCAAUAACAAUGCCAGAUACUUCUCAGAAUGCCCAGCUUGGAAACAGAGGUCCUGCGGGAGAUUCCAAACUGCCAAUCAUGGGAAAUUUUCCUAUCCCUACACCUGCGACUGGCAAAACAGAAAAGAAGCGCAAGCCUCUCGCUCAAGGAUCUGGUUCGCAGAUGAACAAUGGUGGAGAAAGCUCUGUCCGUGGCGCCGGCCAACCACUACCUAAUAAGCGACCGAAAACCCAUCAUAACAGUAAACCACUGGCUGCCGAUGCUGCUGCAGUAUCUCCAACGCUGACGCCAAUCGUACCCGAACCACUGCCUCCUGCCUCGAUGUCAGCCGCGAGUUCUGAAGAAUUAGCCUUCUUCGAUCGUGUAAAAAAAUACAUCGGCAAUAAGUCCACCAUGAACGAGUUUCUGAAGCUCUGUAAUCUUUUCUCACAAGACCUGAUCGAUCGAAAUGUUCUAGUACACAAAGUCAGCAAUUUCAUCGGUGGAAGUGCGGAUCUGAUGAAUUGGUUCAGAGACUUUGUGGGUUAUGAAGGGGUCGACGAAAUUAUCGACAAUCGUCCAAAGGCUCCGACAGGAAGAGUUGCAUUGAGCAAUUGUCGAGGCUUGGGACCAAGUUAUCGCUUGUUACCGAAAAGAGCAAGUCCUCCACUACUUCCUGGUCGGGAUGAGAUGUGCCAAGCCGUACUCAACGAUGACUGGGCUUCACAUCCUACAUGGGCAUCAGAAGAUUCUGGUUUUGUAGCCCAUCGAAAGAAUAUCUUCGAGGAAGGACUUCAUCGCAUUGAAGAAGAACGUCACGACUACGACUUCAACAUUGAAUGCAACGCCAAAGUCAUUCAACUCCUCGAACCAAUUGCUCAGCAGAUCGUUGCCAUGGAUCCAGCCGAUAGAGAAAGCUUCCGCAUGCCUAGCGGAGCUGCUGGCCCAAACCAAGCCAUUUACAAGCGUGUAUUGAAGAAGAUUUAUGGCAAUGAAAAAGGUCCACAGGUUGUUCACGAUUUGUUCAAUGAUCCUUGUGCCGUGUUACCUGUAGUUCUAGCACGUCUCAAGCAGAAGGAUGAAGAAUGGACUUUUACCAGACGUGAAUGGAAUCCUGUCUGGGGCGCACAAGGCAGUGUUAUGUACUUGAAAAGCCUCGAUCACAUGGGUAUUCACGUCAAGCAAUCUGACAAGAAGCAUUUUGCUGCAAAGCAUUUAGUAGAUUCCAUCAAGACCAAGCACGAGGAACAACGACGUCUUAGAAGUUCGAGAGGUCCCACACCGAAAUUCCAGUACUCUUACCAGUUUUCUGAUCAGGAGGUCGUUGGCCAACUCCUACACAUCAUGAUCGUUUAUGCUUGCAAUGCAAACCAGCACAGUAGCUCCGAGCGUCGGCGCAUUUCCGAUUUCUUCGAGAAGUUCGUAUCUACAUUCUUUGACCUACCUGACGAUUUUGUCGCACGUCAUACUGCUGGCAUUGAUCGUGGAACUCCUGACGAUGAAUACGAAGAUAUUGCACCAGCCGAGCUUUCUAAUGGUCGAGGCAGACGACCAGUCAACGGAAAGAAAGCAGACUUGCGACGUGGUGUACUUGACAGAGGUCGAAAUGGCACAAGAGGUCGUGGACCAAAGGACGAUAGUACUACCGGCAGCAAAGAAUCUACACCGGAUGUUGAUUCUAACAUUGAUGAAGAAGUUGGGGAAGUCACUGACGAUAGAGUCAUGACUGAAGUCACCAAUGAGCGCUGGGCUGCCAUCCCAGGUGCGGUUGCUGUUCAAGGAACAAGACCUCUUGAAUCUGACGACUUGGAAAUGAAAGCGGAUCAACCAUUUCAACGUGAUUGGUAUAAUCUAUACUGCAAUCAGACCAUCUUCGUAUUCUUCAGUGUUUUUCAAACUCUCUAUCAGCGAUUCAAAGACAUCAAAGAUGCAGAGACCUCCGCUAAAGCAGAAAUGGAACGGGCAAAGAGUUGUAAACCUGCAAAACAAAUUGGUCUGCUAAGCGAUAGGAAUGACUACUUUACGAGUCUUGAGGAUGGCGAGUUCUGCUAUUCAAGAGUCUUGUUACUUGUUGAAGAUUACAUCAAGGGCGAGGUUGAAGACACCAAAUAUCAGGAGUACCUUCGACAUUACUAUUUGCAGACUGGAUGGAAAAUCUACACCGUUACCGACCUUCUUAAGAGUCUUUGCCGUCUUGGUUCCCUAUGUUCCUCUCUCGACUCUAAGGAGAAGACUCCGGAUCUCAUUGAUCAAUUCGUUCGCAACAGAGAGUCGAAAGAGACGUCGUAUAAUAUCGAGAUCAACUUACGGAAACAAGCUGACAAGUACAUUAAAGAUUCAGAAUUGUUCUUGAUCAGAUGGUACCCCAAAAAGAAUGAAGCCACAUCACAAUGGGUCCAUAGAGACGAGACUACCUUCGAUCUUGACAUUAUGCAACGAAAGGAGCGCUGGCAAUACUAUACAUCUUCCUAUGUCCGCAUCGAACCAACCGAAGGCGUCCCCCGCAGACUUCUUCGCAAGAGUCUCCUGACCCGCAAUCUACCAUCCGGAGACACCGAUUCGGAAGACGGCUCCAAUCAGCGCAAACCUCUCGUUUGGGGCGAAGAGCUAACACUUAGGAUCUGCGUCAAUAGCUAUAAAAUUAUCUACAAGGAACCCGGCGUAGAAUACUUCAUCUAUGCCGAUAAAGCUCUGGGUGGUGGCGAAGAUGGUGAAACCAGACAGAGGUUGAAGAAAGUUGAGGAGUCGAGGAAUCAAAGGUUCCAUGAGAAAUUCGGCAUGAAUAAUCGCUGGAUGAAGGAAAAGAGUCACGAGGAAGUCAUUAGGAUCAACCAGGAAUUUAGGAAAUGGAUCAGUGAGGGUGUCCUUCCCUCGUCGCAGGCUGCUGGCGCUAGUACUAGUGCCACCCUUGGAACGGGAUCUGGAGUAGUAUCAGGAGCAGCACCUGCAACUACGGCUACAGCAGCUGUAGAUAACGAAGUCGAUAUGGCGGAUUAA